AAGAUGCCUUACACCAAUGCUCAAAUUGACCUCCCAUGGAACUAUCCCAAAUUCAUGAUCUUUCAAACAUUCAAUAUGACUUUAUUUACAAGGCUGGAUUGAUGUGCUGCUGAUUAUCAACAACAACACAGAAAGAAUGCGGUCUUUAUAAAAGAAUGGAUGACAUCAGCAUAGGCUAGUAUACUCUCUAUAUGAUUCAUUCAUAUUAUCAAGGCUACUAUUUGUUGAAAUAGGUUAAUCCUAUCUAAUAGUGACCAAUCUCUUUGUGUAUGUAGGCUAAUCCCACAUAUCUAUGUUUGUGAAACUCAGGCUGAAGCCGUAUUUUAGCAGCCCUUGAAGGUGUCUCAGCAAAAUAGCAGUGAUAGGCACACAGCUGAGGGACUUUAUAGUCCUCCACAUCAGGGACUCUGUGUCUGACUGUGUGAACCAGAUCCUGUAUCUAUCUCCCACCAUUUACCUCCCAAACGAUCACACUGCAUCAUUAUGAGAAUUGGUCUGGGCGGUACAGAGCAGAGUAGAGCAACAGGGCAGAGCGAAUGAGCCACAUCCGCCACUGGAGGGAUCAAAUCUGUGCCAUCUGAUGCUCAGGGAUUUAUAGGUUUAGUCAAAAUUGCUUUUGCCCACUGUGGAGAUUAAGCACCGUGGGAUGUUUGUUGGUCAGGCCAGAUCUGCUGCUUCUUCCCCGGCCCCGAUGCUGUUCUGCUGAAGACAAUGUCCCAGGACCCACGAAGAGAGGUUUUAGCCCUGGUAGGGUGUGGAAUUUGACUGGAGUUUGAGUGGUCUACUGGGGUAUGUGCACCAUGCAGGUGGAUACUGUGUUGGUGCUGUUCUGUGUCUGCCUCAUGGGGGUUUCUGGGAGAUCAGCUCAUCAAAGAGGUGACAAGCUGGAGACCUACAAACAGAGCAGAUCCAGGAGAGAAACAUCAAGAAUGGAUGAUGGAGGAGCUCACAGCAAGACCGCAAGCCCAAUCCUAAAACGAGGUCCAGACAUGACAAAAUCUCCCAUGACAAAAUCUGAGCAGCUCUUAAGAAUAGAUGACCAUGACUUUACCAUGAGACCAGCAUUUGGAGGACCCCCUAUUCCAGUUGGGGUAGAUGUUCAGGUUGAAAGUCUGGACACAAUCUCUGAAGUGGAUAUGGACUUCACCAUGACCCUGUACCUGAGGCACUACUGGAAGGACGAGCGCCUGUCCUUCACCAGUACCAAAAACCAGAGCAUGACCUUUGACAGUAGGCUGGCCAAGAAGAUCUGGGUUCCUGACAUGUUCUUCGUCCACUCCAAGAGGUCCUUCAUCCAUGACACCACCACGGACAACGUCAUGCUGAGGGUGUACCCUGACGGCAACGUGCUUUACAGUCUGAGAGUCACGGUCACGGCCAUGUGCAACAUGGACCUGAGUCGCUUCCCUCUAGACACACAGACCUGCUCGCUGGAAAUAGAGAGCUAUGCAUACACGGACGAUGAUCUCAUGCUGUACUGGAAGAAAGGCAACGAGUCACUGAACACAGACGAGAGGAUAUCUUUAUCCCAGUUCCUCAUCCAGAAGUUCCACACCACUACAGAGCUGGCCUUCUAUAGCAGUACAGGCUGGUACAACCGUCUGUACAUCCACUUCACCCUGCGACGUCACGUCUUCUUCUUCCUGCUCCAGACCUACUUCCCAGCCACCCUCAUGGUCAUGCUGUCCUGGGUCUCCUUCUGGAUUGACCGCCGGGCCGUCCCCGCUAGGGUCCCUUUGGGUAUCACCACAGUGCUCACCAUGUCCACCAUCAUCACUGGUGUCAACGCCUCCAUGCCCAGAGUGUCCUACAUCAAAGCGGUGGACAUCUACCUGUGGGUCAGUUUCGUGUUUGUCUUCCUCUCGGUCAUAGAGUAUGCCGCGGUCAACUACCUCUCUACCAUGCAGGAAAGGAAAGAGAGGAAACUAAGAGAGAGGUUGCCGUGUACAUGUGGCAUUGGAAACCCUGACGACGCCAUGUGCGACCCCCAGAUCACUGGUUACAACACCAUGGACGUCAACAGCAUAGGGAACUAUGGCACCGCAGGGAACUAUGGGAUGCCGGAGAACGGAGGCAGGCAUGAGAGGAUGUUUGCCCAGGUGGUUCUUGGGGAUCCCCAGCUCACGGGCCAGGUAAAGAGGCCAGGCUAUGUGAACAUUUGGAUAGACACCCAUGCCAUAGACAAGUACUCACGGAUGGUCUUCCCUGGUUCCUACGUCCUGUUCAACAUCAUCUACUGGUCCAUCUAUUCCUAACGCCUGGCAAAUGGGGAAGGACCAUACUACCCUAACACAUCCACAUGCUGCAGUUAGAGCACAACAUGUUCGAUUUCAUUAGGCACCAAACGGCACAAAAUUGACUGAAACAGGGAUCGACUACCUGAACUUGUCCAAUAAGAAACACAAGUUUUCGUUUUUCAGGGCAAAACGUUUGCUACAUUUUGCAACAGUAUACCCUCAUGAAUAUGAAACAGGACACCACUGUAACUCCAUUAACAGGGAUAGCGGCCACGCAGAGAGAAAACAUGUAAUUGUUUCUGUUUUCAAGACAACAGACUGAGAUAUGGAUUAUUAAUUGUGAGGUGAACAUUGCCUUCUUGACCCAGCCUCUUAAAUGGACCUAUUCAUGUACAGUACAGUGCAUUUGGAAAGUAUUCAGACGCCUUGACUUUUUCCACAUUUAGUUACAUUACAGCCUUAUUCUAAAAUGAAUUAAACAUAGUUUUUUUUCUUUCUCAAUCUACACACAAUACCCCAUAAUGAUAAAGCAAAAGCUGGUUUGUAGAAAAUGUUGCAAAUUGAAAACCUUUGACACCUUUGACAGCGAUUACAGCCUCUAUUUGGGGAGUUUCUCCCAUUCUUCUCUGCAGAUCCUCUCAAGCUCUGUCAGGUUGGAUGGGGAGCGUCACGGCACAGCUAUUUUCAGGUUUCUCCAGAGAUGUUCAAUCGGGUUCAAGUUCGGGCUCCGUCUGGGUCACUCAAGGACAGUCAAAGACUUAUCCUGGAGCCACUCCUGUGUUGUCUUGACUGUGUGCUUAGGGUCAUUGUCCUGUUGCAAGGUGAACCUUCAUUCACGCCAUUCUGAGGUCCUGAGCACACGUGAGCAGGUUUUUCCCUCGAUCCUGACAAGUCUCCCAGUACCUGCUGCUGAAAAACACCCCUCCAGCAUGAUGCUACCACCACAUUGCUUCACAGUAGGGAUGAUGCAAGGUUUCUUCCAGAAGUGAUGCUGGCAUUCAGGCCAAAGAGUUGAAUCUUGGUUUCAUCAGACCAGAGAAUCUUGUUUCUCAUGUUCUGAUAGUCCUUUAGUGCCUAUUGGCAAAUUCCAAGUGGGCUGUCAUGUGCCUUUUACUGACGAGUGGCUUCCGUCUGGCCACUCUACCAUAAAGGCCUGAUUGGUGGAGUGCUGCAGAGAUGUUUGUCCUUCUGGAAUGUUCUCCCAUCUCCACAGAGGAACUCUGGAGCUCUGUCAGGGUGACCAUCGGGUUCUUGGUCACCUGCCUGACCAAGGCCCUUCUCCCCCGAUUGUUUGGCCGGGUGGCCAGCUCUAGGAAGUCUUGGUGGUUCCUAACUUCUUCUAUUUCAGAAUGAUGGAGGUCACUGUGUUCUUGGGGACCUUCAAUGCUGCAGACAUUUUUUGUUACCCUUCCCUAGAUCUGUGCCUCGACACAAUCCUGUCUUGGAGCUCUACAGACAAUUCCUUCAACCUCAUGGCUUGGUUUUUGCUCUGAAAUGCCUUGUCAACUGUGGGACCUAAUAUAGACAGGUGUGUGCCUUUCCAAAUCAUGUCCAAUCAAUUGAAUUUACCACAGGUGGAGUCCAAUGAAGUUGUCGAAACAUCUCGAGAAUCAUCAAUGGAAACAGGAUGCACCUGAGCUCAAUUUCGAGUCUCAUAGCAAAGGGUCUGAAUAUUUAUGUAAAUAAGGUAUUUCUGUUUUUUCUUUUUUAUAAAGUUGAAGGACAAAAAUGUAAAACCUGUUUUCACUUUGUCAUUAUGGGGUAUUGUGUGUAGAUUGAUGAGGAAAAUGUUUAAUCCAUUUUAGAAUAAGGCUGUAACAUAACAAAAUGUGGAAAACGGGAAGGGGUCUGAAUACUUUCCUAAUAUGUACUCUUUCCAUGUGUAUUCAAGAAAAAAGUUAUAAGGGUUUCUCAUCAUUUCCACUGAGCCACCGGGUCAAGUUAAUUUGUAGAUACUGUGGUUAGCUAGACGGUAAGGGUUUAGGAUUGUGUACAAUAUUAUCAAUGACUCAGACGGACCAAAGGUAGACUGAGGUAUUUAUCCUCCUGGCUUGGAAACACUAUAUAAAUUGGGUACAGUAUUUUUCUGUGAACAUCCUCUGAGAUAUUUCAGUUGCACUAUGAUUGCUCAAACAUUAUGCAUCAGAUUAAUUAGCAAUGUUAAACUGUUGCUUGGGGGCUGAAAAACCAUUUGAGAUAGCACAAUGUUUUGGAAUGUCAAAUUUUGAAAUACAAUGUUGUUUAGACAUGAUAAUAUUCUCUGAGACAGUUGUUUGACAUUGCGACAUCUAUGACUACGACUAUUAGCUAACUUGGCAUGACUAUGACUUUGUUAACUUGGCAUGACUAUGACUAUUAGUUAAUUUGGCAUGACAAUGACUAUUGGUUAACUUGGCAUGACUAUGACUAGAGCUAGUGCCCAGGAGAAUGCUAGCCUAUGUUAACUCUAAAUCUGGAAUUUCCAGUGAUAUCUAGAAUUUUAUUUUCGUACUUGCAAUUUUGUAAUAUCAUAUGAACACACUAUUUGGAUGUUUUGUAAUGUUGCUUCUACUAGUUUGUUGCUAAGCAACUUUGUCACUUUUUCAUUGUGCACUUGACAAUAGCACAACUACAUGUUACAGUAAUAAAUGAGCAAUGAGAUUCACUACUAGGGACUACUACAGUACUACAUUUAUGUUAUUUGAUGCCAAAUCACAAUCUUUUUCACUAAUUUGAUACUGUUGUCACGGUGAAACAUACGAGAUGUGAGGUGAUCAAAAGACAUAAUUUUGAAGCUCAUAUUGUCUAUUAUAUACUGAGGCUUUGAGAUUCACUGUAGUAGUAGUAGUUUUAGGUUUGAGUAUUUUUCCACUUUGAUGCAUUUGAAUAAAUAACCUAUUAGAUAACCUCUCA